AUGGUUCGAGGGACAGCGGAGCAUGAGUAUCACUGCGUGCCCGCUUUUUCGUACAUGAUCGACACUCUUAAUGAUGGCACUACCUAUUCCAUCAUGGUAAAUAAAGUCGAUUGUAGAUUUAUGUACUACUUUUUAUCGUUGGGCCCUUGCAUUAGGGGAUUCACACACAUGAGGAAGGUUAUUGCGGUCGACGACACUCAUUUAUACGGCAAGUACGAGGGGUUACUACUAAGCGUGGUUGCACAGAAUACAGAGAACCAUAUUUAUCCCAUUGCCUUUUGUAUUGUUAACAAGGAGAAUGAUACGUCUUGGACGUUCUUCUUUAAGAAGCUAAAGUCUAUUAUGGUCAAUGGACCAUAUUUGUGCUUUAUCUUCAAUAGGCACAAGAGCAUCGCCAACGGCAUCACGAAGACGUACAACCAUGCUCAUCACGGGGCAUAUUUCUCCAACAACGGGUUUGAUGUGAUAACCACAAAUAUUGUCGAGUCGGUGAACGCUAUGUUGAUUGAUAAAAGGGAGUACCUCGUGGCAUCUAUAUUCAAUUCAAUUGCCAAGAGGUUUAGUGAAAUAUUUAGGGAGAGGUGUGCCUACGUCCUCAAAUGUAAGGAUAAUAAAUUUGUUCCCGCCAUCAAAAAGAUCUUAAGAGAUAAUUUGAGCGAAGGCGACUCCUUCUAUGUGGAGAACAUAAGUGGGCACGAAAGGCAAUACACUGUGUUUGGAAGUGGCUCUACGGCCAAAGUCGACCUAAGGGAAAUGUCUUGUUCAUGUAGGAAGUUUGACUUGGUCAAAAUACCAUGCGAUCACGCUAUGGCCGCUUUGCGAUCAAAGCACGGUGAUGAUUAUGGUUUGAGUGUCUAUGAUUACUCUUCGCCCCUGUAG